AUGCUGGGGAUUGAGCAGCUCGCGCGGAUCGAUUCCCGUCUGCGACAGGCCUUACCACAGCGUAGCCUCGAGUUCUUUGGUGGUGUGAGCGUCUUGCUUGUGGGCGAUUUCUUCCAGUUACCACCAGUCCGGCAGAAGCCCCUGUAUUCGACUAGCACCAGCCUGUCUUCGUUGGAAAGGAGAGGGCAGGUGGCCUACCGGUUAUUUGACCGCACCGUCUUCCUGACCACGGUACAGCGCCAGGCUGGUGAUGAUCAGGCUCAGUUCCGUCGGGCGUUCAGUCGGGUACAGUCCAGGCUAACGCAGAGCGAUGUUGACAGCUUCAGGGCCGCUUUGCGGGUGUAUUCUACCAGGCCAGCUGGCCUAGUUAACGGCGCCCAGGGUACUGUAUACGAUAUCGCCUGGAACCCAGGCGCCGAACCAUUGGAAGAUCCCCGGCCGAAAAUCUCACCCAUCCUCCCAGUCAGGCGUGAUUUCCUUAUGGGCAACGAGACCUGCGCUCGCACGCAGUUUCCCCUGAUGGUGGCAUUUGCCAUCACUGUUCACAAAUGCCAGAGCCUAACGAAGGAGCAAAUAGUUACUGAUCUCGCUACACGCGACUUCCAGGCCGGUAUUAGCUAUGUUGCUGUGUCACGGGUUACGUCGCUGCAAGGCUUACUCCUUGAGGCGCCUUUCGAUCGUCAGAGCCUCUAUAACCACACGCCGACGGAAGGGAUGAAGAUGCGCCUCGCUGACCAACAACGGCGUCAGGGUCAACAGCUGAGCGAUGCACCGUAUCCACCACUCUACCUUGACUAA